AUGAAUCCUAAUAUUCAAAACCGAAAUACUAUAAAAGAAAAAUCAGCUAAUAAUUUUAAUACCACAAAUACGAACAACGCCACGGAAACAGAGCAAUUCAAUGAGAAGACCUAUUCCUCUCAAGAAAAUGUAAUAAACGAAAAACAAGAGUUGUAUCAACAACAAGAACCUCAACAUCUUCAACAUGAAGAAAAUCAUCAUUUUGCAAAUAAUCAAUUUGUACUUGAUCGUCCCGUAACCGUUAGUGAUGUUCUCGAAGGAAAAAUAAUGCUUCCAUCUCCUAUCAAAAGAACAAAUAAACCUGUUAUCCUUGAAAAUAAUAAUAAAGGUUCAAGUGAAAUAAAAGUCAGGAAUGAAAAAAGAAAGUUGUCAACUACAGAUUCUAUGCAAGAAUUCCUUGAAAUUCCUGAUUAUGUUCCAGGAGAUUUUGAGAGAGAGAAAGAAGAACAAAAUCAUGAACAAUCUAGUUAA